AUGGCUUCCACCGAUCCUCCGAGCUCGACUUCUGGUAUUACUCCAAACAUUGACAGUUUUCAACGGCCUAGUUGGCCAACAACCGGUCUUCCGGUCUUAUCGCGAGAUGAGAGCCCCUGGGAAGAGCUAGGCAAGGCUUUCGACAUCGACCUUAGCCCGGAUAACAUACGCAGCGAUGACAGAGACGCUUCUGAUGAUUUGAAUAAGCUUAGCACUCGAAAUAUACCCGAGGAAAAGGCAACAGACUCGCAGCCGAUGAGAUAUUCAGCGCCCCCUGGUGGUUAUGAUCACCUCUCCGUGAAUCCCCUGCCAAAGCUACCAUUCCGCAAGUGGGUGAGAUCUCUCAAGCGACGAAACAGCCUGAGUGAAGGAGGAGAAACAUAUACCGGUGAUGAGAGAUGCAAAUAUCCCGAGCCUAGCAACCCAUUCCGACGUGUCAUCCAUCGCAGAUUCAGGCAUCGAUUUCCAUCUUCGGGGUCCUCCUUGGGCUUCAUAACUGCUGUACAGAGCGCCAGUACGAGCCUUAUUACCGCGAGCGCCGCAGCACCCUCGCGUCGGCGCCAUGGCCGGUCGCGUGCAGAGCGCAGCAGUCGAGCUUCUCUUUCUACUCCUCGAGUGUCUAAGGACGUUGGGCCGUUGGAGAGAGCUGAGGAGGAUUUAACUGCAACUCAGCGUGCAUUCGAACGUCGACAGAUAUUGGAGGAGCUCAUCAGGACAGAGGAGAAUUACAUUGGCGACAUCCGUUUCCUUAUGAAUACCUACGUCAAUAUGCUUGCCGCUCUUCCUUCCCUGUCUAAGCAGCUACGAUCGUCGACUAAUCGAAAUUUGCACCACAUUCUUCAAUUACACGACGAAAUCUUGGGUGACCUUCACCGCGUGGUCCCCUUCUCCGAGUAUUCUCAAUUUGACCACCCCGUGCUCAGGAAAAGCGGUCGAAAUCGAUCACGGGGUUUGAACGCGCUCCCUGAGUGUGGUGUCAACCUACAAACACUCGAUAAUGUACCUGGGAUGCUCACUGACCCCCAAGUUGCGGCGGAGGUUGCCAAGGUUUUCAGCAAAAAGACGCACGAAUUCUUCAUUUAUAAAGAGUACGGCGCAAAGUUCGAGAUGAUGAGAAGAGACAUUGCAGCGGCACACGAGGGUUUCCCCGAAUGGGAGGUUCACCAAAAGGGGGUCGAGGCUCUGGGCUUCUCCGUUGGAUCCCCCAAGGGUCAGGAGGGAGGGUCUAACAAGGCCCUCACCGUUAAUGACCUUCUCAUCAAGCCUAUCCAGAGAAUCUGCAGAUAUCCCCUCCUGUUUGCAGAGCUUCUCAAGCAUACACCAGUACUUGACUGUCCCAACUCCCACAUGGAGGUUGAAACAGCUUUGGCGAGGCUUCGGGAAGCAACAAUUGAGAUCAACAACUCGGCCACGAACCAAGACAUGAAAACGACACUAGAGAAGACUUGGCUAUUACAGGAUCGUCUGGUUUUCCCCGACAGGAGGCUUGAUGCGGAUUCAAAGAAUCAGAUUCGUGCCUUUGGCCACAUCCAGUUGUGCGGUGCACUUCAUGUUUGUUGGGAGACCGAGGCCGGAGUCGAAGGUCAGUAUAUGAUCUGCUUGUUGUACAAAGAUGUCCUCUGCCUUGCUUCAGGGGGGAAGUCCGAUCCGAUAUACACAAUUUUGGCCUGCAUUGAUCUGCGCAGUGCAAAGGUUGAGGAUGUCGACAAAGGAGGAGGCUUGCGAUGUCACUUGGCUCCUUUCUCUUGGAAGCUGGUCUUUGAAGGUCAGCACGAGUUGUAUGAGCUGGUCAUGACAGCUUGCAGUCCAAAUGAAGAGACUGAAUGGCGAAGUCGAUUACAACGGAGUCGAGAAUUAGAGCAAUCGGAGAAACCAUCAGUGCUAUACAACUUCCUCUCCUUUGACAUGAAGAGCUUGGGUGCCAUCUUUAGACGACCAGGUGUGUACUCUUGUCGCCUUGCCGUGGGCUUCUAA